AUGAUUUGUCUGGUGGGACAUUUAUUAGCCCAAGGGGGAUCCGAUGCGCACGCAACCUUUCUUCCACAUAAGAACAACUACUUUGUGAUCCAAAUUACGGAAUAUAAAGCUGUGAUUCGGCCACUUUGCAGUAUCUUCGACCACACUUUGAAUCGGAGAAACCAACCAACCGCUGAGAAAUCCGCUUUCGUAUUUUCAUUUUUGAACAGUGGUACUCCUAAGGAAAUGACAACCCAAGCCAUGCCUGCGAAGAAGAAAACCUUAAAGGCUUCCGACGACAAGACGUGGAGUGUCGUGAGCUUCAACAAUAAUGCCGUUUGUCAGCAAAGCGGCCAGGUUUCAAUUCAAACAAUAUCCGAGGAGGGUUUGUGUGACGACGUUUUAUCAAACACCAGUUCAGACGAGUCCGAACUACCAGUUAAUCCACUCAGGGCUUCUGCAGUGACAGAAUAUGGAUACGAUACUUUGGUGGUUCAAGGAGACGAACCUAGCGGCUUGCAGGGCCUUUCUCCUACUGAGGACCAGCGCUCUCGGUUCUUGCCAGUUUUUAGUCCCUUGACGGACAAUCGCGUGACAAGAGCCCUUUCUGGUUUGCAUGCUUGGCAAAUUGUUCUACUGACAUCAUCUACUACGUUGUUUCUCUCCUAUCUUAUUCAAACCGCCUUGCAAAAUCCCUUAGCGAGCUCUGUGGAAAGUCCCUCUACUACGCCGUACUUCACGAAUCAUGGCGCAACCUACCGGGAUGUUGACUUUGUUCUGCCAUUUGGUGACAUUACUGGUGGUAGCAGCAAGUAUAUUGUGGAUUUUGAGAAUCGUGUUGCGUACCCAAUUGUUCCAGACGUGUCGCUGUGGGAGUCUGCCAAAGUUGAGGCUACUCAGAUAGCCUUAACUCUUCAUUCCAGCAUUUGCAAUUUUCGGAGUGGGAUGAUACAGACAUUCGCAGAUCGUUUUGAGUCUGCAAACUCUUCAAUUCUCAGAAAAUGGACUAAUCGUAAAGCUCCUAUAUUUUCUAGGCUUCAUUCAGGUCUCGAACGUUGCAAAACCUUCACAAGUUCGGUUAACGCGAUGUAUCGACCCCAUAUAAACAAUGCUUUCCGGUCUGUCAAUAAAAAGUGCCGAGUAAGCUUUGGCCGUUAUUUGACCUCUGCACAAGGUAGUUUUUCUCUUUGUGCAUCAGAUAUAAAGUCCGUGGUACAGAGAGUGAAACAUAUGGUUCCGGAGAUCAAGACAGUCUGGCUGGGUACUCUUGAUGCUACCAACCGAUUUAAAGGAAAAACGAGCCAUAUCGUGAUUGAUAAAUGGAAUAAUACAAUGAAAAUGUUACGUUUCAAGGGCUCCGGUACUCAAGAUUGA